AUGCACAUGCAAGUGAUCGGCAAGGCAGUGUGUUGUCCGAGGUCGCAAUAUCUCUACAAUGCCGUGCGAGAAGGGAAAUGGAAGGAUGGGAUAGAAGGACAGAUAGGCCUUGGCGAAGAUGAUGAGCUCGUUCGACUGAUUGUUGAAUACUUCUACUUGCUGGACUACGACCCAGUCAUCACAUUUCCAGAAAGUGACAGCUCGCUUCACAGCCCACGCCAUGACAGCCGAGAUGGUAGUGACACCAUGAGUGUACGGACGGACGCAGGACAAUACGGCCAUGUUUAUGGAACAUCUGCAGUCAGCGCCUUUGGUGGUCCGGUGCAUGGCCAGCACUCGCCUUUCUCUGCAGUGUUCCGACCUCGUAAUGAUUCCUCGUUAACGGUGCAUGCUGUGCCAACAUCGGCCACAGGCUUCGGCGAAUUCCCUCCACGAAGACGGAAGACAGACAGAGGCAUGGUAACGAAUGCGCCUGAACCUUCUCCGCUCGCGACAAAGCAACCUCAUCUAGUUCUGAAUGCAAGGCUGUACGCUGCUGCAGACAAGUAUGGCAUUGACGGGCUGAAAGCUCUUGCUCUUGAUAAGUUCAAGAUCCAGCUGACGAGACAUUGGGACUCGUCUGAAUUAUCGGAAGCUAUUCAUGUUGUGUAUUCAUCAACACCUGCGAUGAACAAGGAUAUGAGGGAAGCCGUGGCAGAUACGCUCGGCUGGCACGGGCGGCUACUCGACAAGCCGGAGAUUGAGGUGUCCAUCAUGGAAAUCAAUGGCCUUGCAUAUGAGCUCCUGAAACGAAGCAGAAGGGCGGAGCCAGAGUACAUGGAGUGA